GCCGGUGUAAGAUCCAUUUUGAAUGCCUUGUGUGUUUCUGAAAAUCCCUCCAUGUAUAUACUUGCACUUUGUUCCUAUUGAUCCUCUUAGUUGUACAUUGUUAACUUUUGGCUACAUUUGAAUUGUUAAUAUUUGUAUUUUAUUAUAGUUUUCGUUUUUACUACACCUUCACUAAUUCCCCAUGUUUCUUCCCGAACUGCACUUAUGUUGUUUUACUUUAUACUAAGUCUGGGCGGCAGCCAUUUUGGUUUAUCCUUGCUUUUGAUUGCUUGACCUGUGUUGAUUGGAAUUGUGCAUUUUGGUUGUGAAUUGAAGCACUCUUCCAGAAUUGAAAACACUCUGUGUUAUAGAGCGACCAAUUAUUACCUUUUAAACAAAUCUGUACGUGAUCUAUCCAGACAGGAUAGAAUAACAGUUAUUUGUGGUGAUUGGUAAUUUUCUUGCAUCCUUUAUCAACUUUCUUAUUUAUUGUAGUUUAUGUUUGAUCAAUUGAACAAUUAUUGGUUGGAUAGCUGAGUGGUUAUAUUUGUUUAGGUAAUAAUGUACACUUAAAUUUAUGAUAAAUCAUAGAACCGUCAUCUUACCCAAUUACUUUGUUUUGGUUUCAAUCGGGCGAGGGCGCGUAUCUAACUCAUCCAGACAGCUGUCCUUCACUCCAAACCGUAGUUUGGAUCUUACAGUUCUAAACAAAUAAUUUGGUCGAAUUCGUUGGUUUUCGUUUCGCUGAUUUCAAUCAUUGUCUCUGGGAAUAUUUGGUCGUUCGCUUGCGAUGCCAAACGAUCGUCGAAAGAACUUAAGUCCAAGGCUCGUGGAAGCUAAAAGAGAUUAACAAAAGGAUGGAUCCCCUCAAUCAAGGCAAGUGCCUUAUGAUGCUUCUAUGUGUCAUGGUUCAUAUUCUAAUAGGGACGAUUUUAAUUAUAGUGAAUCUAGUUGUGAUAUAAUGGCAGAUGGAAUAGAAAACCUUAGUUUAGACGUAAAGCAAGCGAAAAGCGCGAUGCCUAUGGCAGCUUUCGUAGGUCUAGAGUUACCAAAGGUUGAGUUAAGUUAUUUCGACGGUCAACCUAGAGGUUAUUGGAGGUUUUUAAGGGAGUUUGAGACCUAUGUGGAAUCAAAGGUCAAGGAUGAUGAUCAACGCUUGCUUUAUUUGAUACAUUAUUGUAAGGGUAAAGCGAAAACAGCCAUUGAGGGUUGUAUUAUGUUGGAAGCCUCUUCUGGUUACAAGAAGGCCAAAGAGAUUCUAAAACGGUUAUUCGGACAGGCGCAUGUAAUCGCUCGAGAGACACUAGAAGACUUAUUCAAUGCCGUGAAUUUUGAUUAUACUGACGGAGAGCAACUAUCAAACUUGGCUAUUAAAAUGGAAAACUGUGCUAUGAUCUUGGAACAGAUGAAUUAUGUCUCUGAUCUAAAUUCCUUAGUUACCUUGGAAAGAAUAGUGAGACUCUUGCCUCAGCCUAUGCAAACCCAGUGGGCGGACUGGGUGGAUGAAUUGACUGAAGAUAACAGGGAACCGACCUUUGGCGAGCUCACUCAAUUUAUCGCAUCGCGUGCGAGAGUGGCUUGUAGUAGAUUUGGACGGUUAGCAAAUCGUUCAAGAAAAGGACAUAACGUAAAGACGAACUGUCACGUGCAAUCGGAGCAAGGGAAUAGUUCGACAACGAAAACUAAAUGCAGUAUGUGUUCCUACGACCAUGCUAUUGAUAAAUGUCCCCAGUUCUUAGCGCUUACAGUUCAAGACCGAUGGUCUCACGCUAAAAGCAAGGGUAUCUGUUUCGUCUGUCUUAGACAAGGACAUAGAGUUACUGAAUGUAAGCUGACAAAGCGUUGUAACGUUAAUGGUUGUGAAAAGAAACAUCAUUCUUUGUUGCACAGCGAAAGUGAUAAACCUGGUAUCUCGAUUUGCUGCGGAUAUACUAAAUCACUAAUCAGUCAAGUGUGUUUAGGCAUGAUUCCCGUACGGUUGAAAUUGCGUAAAGCGGAGAUUGUGGGUUAUGCUCUCUUGGACAACGGUUCUGAUGUGACACUGAUAAAAUCAAACUGUUUGAGGUCUCUCGGGCUGAGCGAAGACCAAGCAUCAGUGGUAGUUGAGACUGUGGGCGGUAAUAGAACAAUGAAGGUCACGAGUGCGUCUUUUGAGGUAUAUUCUUUAGAUCGAUCUGAACAUGUUACGAUUGAAGGAGCUCUGAUUGUAGCAAGUAUACCAGGUCAUAAGCCAACAGAGUCAGCAAUGAACAACCUAGUUAAGUGGCCGCAUUUAAGUGAUGUGCCAAUAGAUAGCCUAGACUCUGAAGAAGUUUUACUGUUGAUUGGUUGCGACGUACCAGAAGCACAUUGGGUGUUAGACCAACGGUUGGGUGGAAGGAAGAACCCGUACGCUGUGAAAACGUUGCUGGGGUGGACGGUUUUCGGACCUGCGUCAUGCCCGGAAUAUAGGAGAAGUGUUGUUAACCAUACCAGUAAGGUACAGACAUUAGAGAACGAAAUAAGUGAGCUUUAUGAUGUAGAGUUUUCAGAUGCUUAUUCAAGUAAUAAAUCAUUAUCAGUAGACGACAAGGCGGCUAUAAAGAUUGUGGAAGGGGGCACGCGCUUCGACAACGGUCAUUUAGUAGUUUCUAUACCGUGGAAAAAGGAUCCAAAUAUGAAAGUGGAUAAUUAUGAAGUAGCAAACCGUAGAUUACAAAGUUUGAAGGGUAUGUUGUCGAAGGAUGCCAGUCUGCACAUCAGGUAUAUCAACAGUAUUGAGAGUAAAUUUACUAAGACUUAUGCGGAGAGGGUCCUUGAAAUAUAUUUGCAGCCUAAUUAUCGCCCUCGAGGGUAUUUACCUUAUCAUGCAGUGUUAAACAUGAAGAAACCAGAAGAACUUAGAGUGGUCCUUGAUUGUGCCGCCGAGUUUGCAGGGGUUUCCAUGAAUGAUAUGAUUUAUCAAGAACACGAUACCACUGCUGAGUUAAUGUGCAUAUUAUUAAGUUUUUGCAAGGAGACAGUUGCAAUCCCUGCAGAUGUUGAAGAACUGUUCAUGCAAGUGAAGUUCCCUAAGUCUGAUCGAGGAGCUUCAAGAUUUCUGUGGUGGCAGGAGGGGGACAUGUCGAAGGAACCAUCUGAGUUUCAAAUGACAACUCAUGCAUUUGGUGCCACAUCAUCGCCGUUUCGUGCGAACUUUGCCUUCAAUAAGACCGCACAAAUAUUCUCUGACGGUAGUGAGUUUAGAAAAACUGCUGUGGUUAACUUGAGUAGUAUAAAGUACAACAUGUCACCUAUUCUCUCUUAUUACUCCGAGUGGUUGAAAUUAGUCAGGGCCGUAGCCUGGCUUAGAAGGUUCAUAGAAUUCCUGAUGGUACUUCGUUCCCCGAGUCAUGAAGGAUCCGUUCAUUUAGGAUGUUUAAAGGUCAAAGAGCUUGACAUCGCCAAGCGUAAAAUUUUAUUGAUGGUUCUGAAAGAAGUGUAUGGAGAAAUACUUAGUGGAUUUAAAAACAAUGGUAAAGUAGUUAGUCACAAUGAUCUGAAAGGCUUAUCACCGAUAAUGCUUGAUGGGUUACUCUGCGUUGGAGGUCGACAAAGAUACUCAGAUUUCCCAAAUACUUUUAAACAUCCAGUAAUUUUACCCAGUCGACAAUUAGUGACGGAAAUGAUAAUUAGACAUUGUCCUAAAGAACAAGGACACAUAAGAAGAUCAUUAGAAAAAGGCUAUGGAUAUGUGUUUACUUGUUUGCAAACAUGGGCAGUACAUAUUGAAAUGAUGUGUAGUUUGAUUACUGAUUCAUUUAUAAUGGCCUUAUUACGUUGUAUUGGAAGAAGAAGGAAACCUGCGGAGAUUUACAGUGACAUUGCGUCAAGCUUCGUGUGGGCAGUUUCUGAGUUAAGGAAGUUUGUGCAACAGUCGAAUCAGCAGAAGAUAAAUAGUGAAUUGUCAGCGAGGCCCUCAUCCAACAGCAUGGGUGGAGUUUGGGGAAGAGUGACUAGGUCUAUACCACGAGUGUUAUUGUUGAAUACCAGAGAACAAGUGAAACAGGUCUCCUUGAAGCUUCGGAUUAGUCUUUGUUGUUAUUAAUGUAGGUAGGUCGAGUAGGCGUACUGUUGUAAGUCCUACUCGUUCCUAUAGUGUCAUAUGCUACAUAAUGAACCAUGACCAUAGGCAUCAAGGUAGCUUGUGUGAUAUGGAGGGAUUUUGGGGGCCGGUGUAAGAUCCAUUUUGAAUGCUUUGUGUGUUUGUGAAAAUCCCUCCAUGUAUAUACUUGCACUUUGUUCCUAUUGAUCCUCUUAGUUGUACAUUGUUAACUUUUGGCUACAUUUGAAUUGUUAAUAUUUGUAUUUUAUUAUAGUUUUCGUUUUUACUACACCUUCACUAAUUCCCCAUGUUUCUUCCCGAACUGCACUUAUGUUGUUUUACUUUAUACUAAGUCUGGGCGGCAGCCAUUUUGGUUUAUCCUUGCUUUUGAUUGCUUGACCUGUGUUGAUUGGAAUUGUGCAUUUUGGUUGUGAAUUGAAGCACUCUUCCAGAAUUGAAAACACUCUGUGUUAUAGAGCGACCAAUUAUUACCUUUUAAACGAAUCUGUACGUGAUCUAUCCAGACAGGAUAGAAUAACAGUUAUUUGUGGUGAUUGGUAAUUUUCUUGCAUCCUUUAUCAACUUUCUUAUUUAUUGUAGUUUAGAUUUGAUCAAUUGAACAAUUAUUGGUUGGAUAGCUGAGUGGUUAUAUUUGUUUAGGUAAUAAUGUACACUUAAAUUUAUGAUAAAUUAUAGAACCAUCAUCUUACCCAAUUACUUUGUUUUGGUUUCAAUCGGGCGAGGGCUCGUAUCUAACUCAUCCCGACAGCUGUCCUUCACUCCAAACCGUAGUUUGGAUCUUAC